AUGGUUGUUCUCUCCAUGGGGGCUGUGAGGAUGUCCCAGAUGUGGAUGCUGAGAUGGGUCGUCCUACUGGUGGGGCAACAGCUGAUACAAGCAGGCUUUAUGGAGGAUUAUGGAGUAAUGGGAGAUUCUAGUGACUUGACUAUGUGGCCAACAACAACAGCAACAUCAGGCUAUUCUGUUCCAGUUCGUGCCAGUAACCAUGUCAACAACAUCUGUAGCAUGUGGGGAAACUUCCACUUCAAAACAUUCGAUGGGGACUUUUAUCAGUUCCCAGGCAUGUGCGAGUAUAACCUGGUGUCUGACUGCCAAAGCCUCAUUUGCCAGUUCUCAGUUCACGUGAAGAGAACAGAACACAGCACUGGCCCAAACAUCAGCAGAGUCCUGGUUACCAUCAAUGACAUCACCGUCGAAAUCACCGCAAACCAGGUCAUGGUCAAUGGAGAAAAUAAAUUGCUGCCCGUGCACGUCGCAGGGAUUCUUGUGGAAGAGAACACAAUUUACAUAAGACUCCAUUCAAAAAUGGGCAUCACUGUCAUGUGGAACAGAGAGGAUGCAGUCAUGGUGGAGUUGGACUCCAAAUUUUCAAAUCACACAUGUGGAUUGUGUGGCGAUUUCAAUGGGGCUCCACUUUAUAAUGAGUUUAUUCAAUCAGGAUAUGAACGAGAGGUAGGCUACAUUGAGUUUGGGAACAAGCACAAAGUUCCCAACCCAAUGGUGGAUUGCAAAAAUCCCUCUGAAGAAGAUGAUGAGCAGAAUUUAGAAGACCAGUCUGAAAAACAUCGGACAGAUUGUGAAGACCUUUUGAAAGAUGCAGACUGGUUCUCCUGUAUCAAGAUUUUGAACCCUGAGCCGUAUAUCAAGGCCUGUAUGAAUGAUAUGUGCUUGUAUCAGCCCGAAGACACUGACAACUCCACGCUCUGUGCGACUUUGUCUGAAUAUUCACGUCAGUGUUCCCACGCUGGGGGAACUCCGCCGACCUGGAGAAGAGCUGACUUUUGCGCUGUAGCAUGCUCCUACAAUAUGGUACAUUCUGAAAGUGGCUGCCCCUGUAUGGACACAUGCUUGCACAAAGACACAAACACACUGUGUGAGCAACACAACAUCGACGGCUGCUUCUGCCCACCAGGAACUGUGUUUGAUGAAAUCUCAAACAUGGGCUGCAUCCCGGUGGAAGAGUGUCAGUGUAAGCAUGACCGCGUCUACAGCACAGGAGAGGUUCUUCACAAACAUAACGAGGAAUGCAUAUGUAAGGAGGGAAACUGGAUCUGUACAAGUCAGUCCAACUGCCCCGACCGUACUGAGAGACUGGACGAUCCCUGUUCCUACAGCAGUGACAGCGAGCACUUUGCUGAGCACUGGUGUUCCCAGAUGAAGAAAAAGGAGAGCGUUUUUGCCCAAUGUCACGCCAGUGUCAAUCCAGACAGCUACUACAAAGCUGGAGAGAAAUCGUGUGUGAAGACCCCUCAGGGAGUGGUGGAGGGUACAGCGGUUUCCUUUGCAAACGCCUGGAAGGCGCAGUCCAACUGCCCCGACCGUACUGAGAGACUGGACGAUCCCUGUUCCUACAGCAGUGACAGCGAGCACUUUGCUGAGCACUGGUGUUCCCAGAUGAAGAAAAAGGAGAGCGUUUUUACCCAAUGUCACGCCAGUGUCAAUCCAGACAGCUACUACAAAAGAUGCAAAUACUCCAGCUGUACCUGUGAGAAGAGUGAGGACUGUCUGUGUGCGGUGUUCUCCUCGUACGCCCGGGCCUGUGCAGCUAAAGGAAUAAUCCUCCAAGGCUGGAGAGAAAUCGUGUGUGAGAAAUAUACAGAGAAUUGCCCGGCCUCGCAGAACUACUCCUAUGAGCUGCAGAGCUGUCAGCGUACCUGUCUGUCUCUCGCCUCUGAGCGCCAAAGCUGCAGCAUUGACUUUGUGCCCGUUGACGGAUGCGCAUGUCCAGAGGGACUCUACCAGGAUGAGAAUGGACUGUGUGUACCUAUGGAAAAAUGUCCAUGUUACAACAAUGGAGUGGCAGUCCAACCUGGCACAUCUAUCAACAUUAAGAAUGAACACUGUUCUCGCAGGACUGUGAAUCUGGCUGCCAGUGUCCUGCAGGUCUACUGGAUGAUGGCAGAGGAAACUGUGUUAAACCUUAUGACUGUCCAUGUCCUCACAAUGGACAGUUUUAUGCACCAGGGACUGAGAUAA